UUCCGAGGAGUGGAGGCAUUGCCCUUAACUGCUGAUGACAGUGCAGAUUUAUUUUUUCUUUCUCGGUAACUGUUCUUGGAUUGUGUGGAAGUGUACACUGGUCCCAGAACGGUUUUAAAAGAGGAAACCAAUUUGUUCCGACUAUCACAUGCACAACACAGCACUGUUUUGGUCGCGGGCAGCAUAUCAUUCUUAGGAACGUGAUCAGAUACCACAUGACUCAUCUAUUCAACGUUAGGGAAAUCAAAUAUUUAUCUGGGGACAUGGAUCAAGUUUACCUCAAACUUUAAUUCAACUGUCUUCUCUAGUAGCCUACUUGUGUUAGCGGACUAAUUUCUUGGUUUCUUAGGGCAGUAAGAGCGACAGAGAGAGAGAACCGGAACGAAGAAGCAAAUGAUCUCCUAAGAAGAGGACAUCGGAAUUAUUUAUGAACGUUGUUGAGGCUUGUCCAAAUAGCCAGACAACCAUGCUAACACCAGUGCAACUUUUUAUCACAUUUGUGCUUCUCGUGUUGAGUUUGGCAGAAGAUAAUAAACUAAAACACAAACCAGCCUCAAAACCGGUCCGACUGUUCACAGACGAAGAUUUAAAAAGGUACGACGGGAGUGAGGACGGGCAUCCCAUUUACAUGGCCAUAAAAGGAGUGAUAUUUGAUGUCACCAAGGGGAAAGAGUUCUAUGGGAAAGAUGGACCAUACAAUGCCUUGGUUGGAAAGGACUGCACAAGGGCUGUGGCCAAAAUGUCCCUUGAGCCAGCUGAUCUGACUUCUGACACUACGGGCCUUACUGAAGAGCAGCUCCAAUCCCUAGAGAGUGUAUUUGAGGGCACGUACAAGACAAAGUACCCUAUUGUAGGCUACACUGCCAUACGCAUCCUCAACCAGGAUGGAAGCCCCAAUGAGGACUUCAAGCCUGAAGACCAACCUCAUUUUAACAUCAGAGACGAGUUCUAAUCCAAAUGAUUUUUGUGGGUACUUUUUUUAUUUCUUUUUUUUUUUUUCUGAUUUAUAUUUUGGUACGCCAAUAAUAAACUGUGGAGACCAUGAAGAUUCAA